AUGUUGCUGCACAAACUGUUUGUUUGGAUCCUGUCACUCCUGUGUGGCUCCGAUGUGUGUUCGGGGUUUGUGUACGACCGGCCCAGACGCUCCGGAGAGGACGGGACUUCAGCCAGGACGGACUCUCGCUCUGCGUCUCCGUACGUGGCGACCUCCGGCUCCUGCAGGAACAGGUGUUUUGAGCUGGCGGAGUCGGAGCCACCAAACUGUCGCUGUGACAACCUGUGUAAGACCUACAACAGCUGCUGCUCCGACUUUGACCAGCUCUGCCUUCGGACAGAGGGGGGUUAUGAGUGCAGUAAAGACCGGUGUGGAGAGACUCGAAAUGAACAGCAUGCCUGCCACUGCUCUGAUGACUGUCUGGCCAGAGGAGACUGUUGUACCAACUACAAGACACUGUGUAAAGGAGACACUUCAUGGCUGCAGGAUGACUGCGAGGAGAUCAGAACUGCUGAAUGUCCUGCUGGGUUUGUGCGCCCACCACUCAUCAUGCUAUCAGUGGAUGGAUUUAGAGCUUCUUAUGUGAAGAGAGGAAGCACUGUGAUACCCAACAUCGAGAAACUGAGAACAUGUGGAACCCAUGCUCCAUACAUGAGGCCUGUUUACCCCACAAAGACCUUCCCCAACCUCUACUCACUGGCUACGGGUCUCUACCCAGAGUCUCAUGGGAUCGUUGGAAACUCCAUGUAUGACCCGGUGUUUGAUGCCACCUUCACUUUGAGAAGCCGAGAGAAACUCAGCCAUCGCUGGUGGGGAGGACAGCCGAUCUGGAUCACAGCACAAAAACAGGGAGUGAAGGCUGCAACCUUCUUCUGGCCCGUUGUUAUCCCAUUGGAGAGGCGGAUUCUGGCCAUGCUGCAGUGGCUGCAUCUCCCUGAAGGAGAGAGGCCUUAUGUUUACGCCAUGCACUCUGAACAACCAGACACGUAUGGACACAAAAUGGGGCCCUUGAGUGCAGAACUCAACAACCCUCUGAGGGUGAUUGACAGAAUUGUUGGCCAGCUGAUGGACGGACUCAAACAGAUGAAACUGCACCGCUGUGUUAACAUCAUCCUGGUGGGGGAUCACGGUAUGGAAGAGGCCCACUGUGACCGCACGGAGUUCCUCAGUAACUACAUGUCCAACGUUGAUGACAUCAUCCUCACCCCUGGAUCUCUGGGCCGAAUACGCCCGAGAAACCCCAACAACACAAAAUAUGAUCCCAAGGCUGUUGUUGAAAACCUGACAUGUAAGAAAGCAGAGCAGCACUUUAAGCCGUACUUGAAGCAGCACCUGCCGAAGAGACUGCACUACGCCAACAACCGGCGUAUUGAAGACAUUCACCUGCUGGUGGACAGGAAGUGGCACGUCGCAAGGAGAGUCCCUGAAGGGAGGAGGCACUGUGGCUUCGCUGGUGACCAUGGAUACGACAAUAAGAUCAACAGCAUGCAGACUAUUUUCUUAGGAUAUGGACCUACUUUUAAAUUCAGGACUAAGGUUCCAGCCUUUGAAAACAUCGAGCUUUACAACGUUAUGUGCGAUCUCCUCGGUCUGAAACCGGCUCCCAACAACGGGACUCAUGGUAGUCUGAACCACCUGCUGAGAGGCCCCCUCUACAGACCCGCCAUGCCAGAGGAGGUUUCCAGGCCAGCGGCCUCUGGUCUCGUUCCUGCAGGGAUGGACGACCUGGGCUGCAGUUGUGAAGACAAGAACAAAGUGGAGGAGCUAAACCAGCGACUGAGGCAAGCUAUGGAUGACAGCAGGAACCUGCCACAUGGUCGACCUGCUGUUCUCUUCCGUACCAAAUACUCCAUCCUCCACCACAGUGACUUCAUCAGCGGCUACAGCGAGAUUCUCUCCAUGCCUCUCUGGACGUCAUACACCGUCAGCAGACAGGUGGAAAUGUCCCCUCUGCCUGAAGCUCUGUCUAACUGUGUGAGACCUGAUACCAGAGUCCCUCCGGCCUACAGUCAGUCCUGCACCAACUACAGAGCAGACAAGCAGAUCACCUACGCCUUCUUCUACCCGCCACAAUUGUCAUCAACCAUGGACAAAAAAUACGAUGCUGUCCUCAUCACUAACACGGUCCCCAUGUAUCCUGCAUUCAAGAGAAUAUGGGGAUAUUUCCAAAGAGUGCUGGUGAAAAAAUAUGCCACUGAGAGAAACGGGGUGAACGUGCUCAUUGGACCCAUAUUCGACUACGACUUCGACGGUGUCAGAGACUCAGCGGAGAAGAUAAGAGACUCAGAGGAGGAGUCUCGCUGGGUGGAGGACCUGAUGAAGAUGCACACUGCCCGGGUCAGAGAUGUGGAGAUCCUGACAGGCUUGGACCUGUAUCGCAGAACCACCCGGAGCUACGCGGAAAUCCUCUCUCUGAAGACGUACAUGCACACCUACGAGAGUGAGAUCUGACCCGCGCCGGCUCCGUGACUGUGACUGAUCCUUUUUCAUCCGUGGUGGAUGUAUGUGGUAUAAGAAAAAGAGAUGCGAUCAUCUCUGUUACACUGACCUGCAGCAGCUUUAGCUCUCGCUGGAUGCUACCUAGCGUCCACUUUGUGGUUCCUUCACUGAGCGUUUGGUUUCAUCUCAUUAAUUCUUAAAGAUAAAACUUUUACACCACUGAGCUACUAGCUUUGGAACUUUUUUUACCGACAUGUACAGUGCUCACAGCGGACACAAAGAGCAUUAUAUAAAGAAUUAAGACAAAGAACCAGACCAGUAACCCUUUCAUCUGCCAUCAGAUUUUUCUAUUACGAGGCUUUGUUAAAUCAAAAAAUCACCACACAAGAUCCAUAAACUAAAACUAAAAGUAAUUUAGCUGCGCAAAUUUCUGCUGAGCGGGAUCUUUUGAGGUUCCAAUGGUAACCCUAGAUCUCUCUCGCACAAGCACAUUCGCUCUCUCGAUGUGAUUUUGACAUUUUAUUUCAAGCUUUUCUUUUGUUUGAAUUUUUGCGCCCCCCUGUGGACAAAGUGGUACCUCUUGUAUAUUUUUGCUGAUCUUUUCCCGACAUGUGUUAAUAAUGUUUAUUGAACCCCAUAAAAUAAAAUCAUAGUCAAAUAUAUCACUUAUCCAGAAGCUUUGCUGUGAAAAUGUGUUUUUAAAAAGUGAUGUUUUGUUCAGAAGCCCCAAGCAAACAUGCAUCCAUAUAUAUUAUUUACUCCAGUUUCCCGUUAUAACGAGUUAUGUCCGGUUGUUUUCUUGAGAUCUUGACUGAUUUAGCUCAUAUUCUCAGAGUUGCAAAAUGGAAACAGACUCAACUUACCUACCUACAUUAGUGCUGUAGUGUGUAUGUCCUUUUCAGGCUUCCAUACUGUUUCAUCUACAACUACACCACAGCAAAGGUUUCAGGCAUUUAUAUGAUCUGUUUGGAAAUAAUCCGUUUUCUUUCUGGUGGUUUUGUUUGCUUUUGUAGCUCAUAAAAAAUGCAUCAGUAGAUAAUUUGAGUCUCUGUUUGAUGAACAGCUAUCAGCUCCCCUCAGGAGAAGCCCAAGCCCUGAUGAUCCAUGUUCUUGUCCUGAUCCUAAACAAACAUUUUAAAGUGAAGGUACCAGGACUACUAAGGCAAAGUUUGGGAUUAGAUCAUUGUGUUGGUUACAACAACGUGUCCGCUUUUCAUCCACGUCAUCCACUAAUAACUUUUUAUACUACGAUACAAAAUGACAAACAAUUAGACAAUGACUUAAUACAAAGGAUGUUCAUAAGAAUUGGACAAAAAAACAAUUUGCAGCCCCUAUGAGGGUCGAGAGCCCACAGAGCGGGGGCCCUUUCUGCACACAUUGAAAAGUGUUAAACACUCAUCUCACUCCUUUAAAAUGUAAUAUCUCAACUACUCGCUGUGUUACACUUCUGUCUUCAUAAAAUGAAUUAGCCCUUUAUAAUCCAGAACAGUUAUUGAGUUGUUACUCUUUUGUACAGUGGAUAAAGAUCUAAUUUUUUUUUUAAAGUGUAGUUUAAAGAUUCAACAGUCUUCAAUCACACUCCAGAAUCUGUCUUUGAAGGCAGCAUUGUUUACUAGUGAAAUCCAAUCCAACAUGGCCGACUCUUUUGACCUAAGUUUUCUCAUAAAACCACGUCUCCUUUGAAAAGUUCUCACUAUGUUCAGUGAUGGGGAAGAAAUUUCCUUUUUUUUAUGUCACUGAAAUGAUAAUGCAAUGUUGUUGAUUGUGUUUGUACGGAGUGUGUGUUGGAUUCACCAUGUGUUCUGUGUGUGUUUGUGUUUGUGUGUUUGUGAUGUUGACUUUUUGUUCGGUGCACAAUAACAAUAAUGUCAAAGACUUUUUAUUAAUGUUUUCCCUAAAAAACAUGUACCACCUGUGAGACAGUCCUAUUUAUGCUUUCAUCACAAUAAACAAGUAUUUUUACUAAA